AUGCAAGGUGGAGAUGGUAAUUCCCCGGGGUAUGGAGACUCGGGAUACGGCAACUUCCCCAAUCAGACGUGGAGUCCGCACUCGCCCCAAUUCCGGGUCCAGCCAUCCCAGCAGAGGAACUUGGUUCGCCAACCAUCGGGGUUCGGGGACUACCGACCGAAUAUGGACGCGAUCAACAACCCAUCCCAGCAAUUCCAAUCCUCCCAAUUCCAAUACUCCCCGUCUCCUCUGUCUGAAUCUGAUAGAUUCACAUGGGAACAGUUGAUGGGUACACCGGCGACCCCGACAUCCGGUAGUGUGGAGAUGGAGGCCCCCACCGGGGGUCGCCGAACCGGCGGUGGUGGGGGGCGAGGUGGCGGCGAUGGGAGUGGGAGGCGAGGCGGCGGCGGUGGGAGGCGAGGCGGCAGAGAGCAUGGGCCCACCGGCGGCGGGCGAGGUGGAGACAGAGAGCCGGCCACCGGCGGUGGCCGAGGCGGUGGUGAUCGGCGUGGCGAGAAGUACAACGACGACGAAUCCCUCGCUGUUGCGCGGGCUUGGGAGGCGGUCACGACGAAUCCGGUCAUCGGCACGGAUCAGACCGACAUUUGCUUCUGGAGGCUCGUCCUGACGGUGUACAACGGCUUCAAACCAGAAGGCAGUGUCGGACGUGAUGAAGGCCUGAUCCGGAAGAAGUUCGGCCGGAUCAGUAGCGCUGUGAAGAGGUUCAGGAACAUUUACGAGAGACAGCUCCAGAAUGCCGAAAGCGGCCGCAACGAAGGCGACGUACGGGCGUUAUCGUAUCAGUUGUUUAAUACUGAAAGCUGGCCCAAGUUCACCUACUGGAAUGAAUACAUGCUUCUCCGAGACUCCCCUCAAUUCAAGGCGAUCUGCGAUGAUGAGACCGGUCCUACUGGGAAGCGGACAAAAAUCGGGGCCGACGGCACGUACAGCAGUGGUACCGACUCACAUGCAUUCGACCUGAAUGACGAUGUGAGGGAUGAGCCCCCCUCGACAAUGUCGAGGCGCCAGCGCCCGCAGGGCCAACAAUCCGCCAUCCGGGAAGCUAGAUCCGCUUCCCAAGUCUCUCGGGCGAGCGCGGCGACACCGCACCCUUCAACACCGACCGCGGCGUUGACUCAAACACUGGAGGUGCAGAUGAUGAAGCAACUCCAGGAUAACUUGUCCUUGUACGAGAAGUCGACGGACCCUAUCACCAAGAUGAUGUACUACGACCUCAUUCUUAGGUUGAGGUCGAAGUUGGGCUUCUCCGAUGGGUCGGCGACGGGCGAAGCAAGCGGCAGUGGGGCCGGUGUCGGCGGCGGUGGAGGAGGUGAAGAUGAUGUGCCGAUUCCGAUGACGCCACCGAGUCUCAGAAAUGAGUUAGUGUGUUUUCAUCAGGCAGCUGCAUUUGGGCCUCUCGGGGACGUCUUCCUAAUAGCUGCUAUAGCAAUAGUCAAGGCCAUAUCUCUAUAG